GUAGGAAAGGUGCGUGUCCCCUGUGUCCGCUUCGGUCGCCCGGUUAGGAAUGCGUUUAUCGGAGAUAACGCUAGCUUGAACAUCAAGAAAGAAACACCAGAAUCCGGAUUGGUGACUUGGCUUUUCAUUUUGUUUCAUUUUGCGGUAUUAGAAUCUACACGUUCGAGUUUGGCUCAUUUUUGUCGAUGUAUGCUAGCUAGCUAGCUAGCCAAGAUAGCUAAAUUGGUAGCCCAGACUAUUAGCUAGCUAGCUAGCUAGCUAACCUGUUAGCUGAUUUAGUCGCAACAGUCAGAAUAAAUCGACUAUUAGUUAGGUAACGGCAACUAUUUCACGGUAGCUGGUGGGAAUUGGGGUGACACGCGGGGGUUGGGAGAGAACGACGGAGGCGGCGUGAGCCAGGAGCGGCCGAUGAGUUCAGACCAGGGCGGAGUGCCGCAGCUGCAGGAGGAGGCUGAGCCGGGAUCCAAAACCCGUGGAGAGGACGAGACGGUACUUGGGACUGGUGGAGAUUCGGGCGGCAUGGUGACCUCUAAGGGUGCCGGUCUGAACCCGAAUGCCAAGGUGUGGCAGGAGAUGCCUACUGUCCCCAGUGAGGCCCCUGCAGAUGGAACAGAGGGCUCCCCCUGGUCCCAGACCAACAUCCCAGAGGGUUAUCCUGACACCUCCGGAUGUAAAGCGUACACAACAGGAUUUCCAAGCCUGGAGGACGCCACCUCUUCGGGGGCGGCCGAGGGUACUGCAAAUGGUAUGGAUCCCCCUGACUUAGAGUUCCCCCUCUGUGAGCCGCCAACAGGAAUUGAUGUUGAUUCUACCCUGACAAUGGAGCAGCCAAUCUCUGCUGAGAGUUUACGGGAGUCUCUCAAGAAGGAGCUGGAGUUUUGCUUCUCCAGGGAAAAUCUGUCCAAGGACCUGUACCUCAUGUCACAGAUGGACAGUGACCAGUUUGUUCCCAUCUGGACCAUCGCCAGCAUGGAGGGCAUAAAGGUCCUGACCACCGACAUGGACCUUAUUCUGGAUGUGCUUAGAUCAUCUCCAAUGGUACAAGUGGACGAGAAAGGGGAGAAAGUUCGGCCCAAUCACAAGCGCUGCAUCAUCAUCCUGAGGGAGGUCCCGGAGUCUACGCCUGUGGAGGAAGUGGAGGCCCUCUUUAAGAACGACAACUGUCCGCAAGUUAUCAGCGUGGAGUUUGCGCACAACAAUAACUGGUACAUUACAUUCCAAUCGGACACGGAUGCUCAACAGGCGUACAGAUAUUUAAGGGAAGAAGUGAAAACAUUUCAGGGAAAACCAAUCAUGGCCAGAAUAAAAGCUAUCAACACGUUCUUUGCGAAGAAUGGCUACCGUAGCCUGGACUGCAGUGUGUACUCACAGCAGACCCAGACCCAGUCCCAGUACAGCUCGCCCCUCUUCAUGCAACACGUCUACAGUCCCCAGCAGCAGUACCUGCCCUACAAUAUCAUGCCUCCUACCUGGACACCGUCGCCCACGCCGUACUUCGAGACCCCUCUGGCCCCAUUUCCCAACAGUAGCUUUGUGAAUGGUUUUAGCUCGCCCGCACACUAUAAGACUGGCUCCAACUCGCUCAACCUCGGCCGCCCCUUCAGCCGGAACCGUGUCCCCCUCUAUUCCAGAAAGAAUGUAAUAAAUGCCUUCAGGAACCAUGUGAAGCCUCAGUCAAGGGCCAGCGACGGAACCCCCUCUCCUGUGGCUCCCGUCCCAUUGGUGGAUGGCCUCACGGGCCUGCGCAGCCCCCAGCCCCCCACCAGCAGCGGCCCUGCGCUAGGCACCGCCGAGCUCAGUCCCUCCUUCGCCCAUCUGAGCGCGUCCGAGCCCUCCGACGACAACGGCAUGGCCAAUCGCGGAAGGCGGAGUACAUACAGAGGGAACCGCAGGAGGAGAGAGGACGAGCGCACCACGCGGCCAGUUCCUCUCGCAGAGGUCAAGGUCCCUCAGCCCAAGUUUGACCUGGCUGCCUCCAACUUCCCCCCUCUGCCUGGCUGCGUGGUGAGCACGCAGGGCGAGCCCGUGCUGGAGAACCGCAUGUCUGACGUGGUGCGGGGCAUCAACAGGGACAAGCAGCAGCAGCAACAACCGCAACCACAGCAACAACAGCAGCAGCAGCAAUCAGAUGCCAGCAAAGACGGAGCCGCAAGUCAUCCCCCAGCCCCAGAGGACAGCGUCAGCACCAUCAGGCCCGUCCAGCCUGCAAGCAAAACCACUUCUCACACCUUGGAGUCUACCAUUACCAGCAGCAGCAUGAGCCACCAGGACAAGAAACAGGAGAAGCCCGAGCUCCCUGUCCAGAAAGAGACACCGGCGCCCACCGCCUCCGCUGCCGCAGUCGUCGUCGCUGCUGCCGCCGCCACUACCCCCGCACCCUCACAGACGCAGGCGGCAGCUGGUUCCAAGCCUCAGCCGAGCGCAGCCCCCGCCCCGGGAACGCCUCAGGCCAGCCCAGCCCCCUCCAGCACCACCACCACCACCACCAACUCCACCCCCGCCAUGGAGCCCCGCAAGUUGAGCUAUGCGGAGGUGUGCCAGCGCCCCCCCAAGGACCCGCCACCCACACCGGCUCCCUCCGCAGCCGCCGGCACCGCCGCCACCACUCCACCGGCCUCCCAGCCUUUGCGUGAGCUGCGCGUCAACAAGGGCGAGGAGCCGGCCAGCGGGCCACACAGUCCCUCGGACAAGCCCGAGCGGCCCCAGGAGCGAGGGGCCGAGGGCAAGGGCCGCGAGGGACGCCCUCCCCGUGACGGCCAGGGCUAUUACCGCAACAACGGCCCUCCCAGGGCCGGCACGGGUGGCCUCAAGCUCCGGGAGCAGCAGCGCCGCCCCCCCUUUGGCCGACGCAACUCCCCACAAGGAGGGCCCAGACACACGGGCAAAGAGCAGAACAUCCCUCCCAUAUCGCCAAAGUAAAGACUUGCAGAGAAAACAAAAAUGAAUUCAGUACAAAUGUAUGAAUAUAUACACGCAUAUAUAAAAUAUAUAAAUAAAUAUAUAUAUAUAUAUAUAAAUAUAUAUAAACAAAAGAGAUGACGUAAGAUAUAAAAGCAACAACCUAAAUGGUAGCCACCUCUCCUGCCUGGGGCAUGUCUAGAGGAAAGUCUCAUGAAAUGACUUUGCAGACUGGGACAUCCAGGAAAAAUGGGCAUAAAAAAAACAAACAAUCGUAAAGCAGGGCAAACGAAAGGGAGUGAUCGAAUAGGAAAAAGAUCCCGUCUUGUCCCGUUAAAUUGAAAAUGUCCCCCCUUGAGAAUGUAAAUUUUAGUGCUUUUUUUUCUUUUUUCUUCCCCUCCCUCCUUUUUUCCAAAAAAAGUUGGUCACUCUCUCUCGCCUCAUAUUUGGCCGAGAGAUGGAGCCUUGGGCAGUGAAGAAGCCCAUCACGGUCUGUCUAUAUGAAUGACAGUGGUCUGCAAUGAACUUAUGCACUAAGAAGAAAGGAACAGGCAUAUAUAAAUGUCAUGUACCUAUACAAAGAUAUCACUUUAACAUGCAAUGAUUCAUUCAAUCCUUUUUCUUUCUUUUUUUUUAAGAAAAAAAGCUUAUUUGCAAAUUGCAGGACACUGGGAGUGAGAGUGACUUUUUGCAGUCAGUGUAUAUGAACUUUGAAGUUGUGUGAAAGGAUGUGGUUUUCAGUAGUGUUGCAUCAUCAUCUUGGGACUUAAGUCUCUUAUAGGACAUGUUUGGUUGAGAAUGAAUUGUUUGGAAAACAAAUUUAGGAGCAGCAGUAAUACUUACUGUUGGUCUUUUUUUUCCUUCUAUUUUUUUUCAUUAGUUUGAGUGACAUUGCUAUCGAUUAAUUCUGUAUGCUUUCAGAAUCAGUGACAUGGUGUUGGAUAGCUAGAAAACCUUAUAAAUAUUGUACUAAAUAUUGCAAAAUUAAGAUUAGUUGGUUAUUGAGCCUUGUCAAUUUUCUCAAAACUCUUUACAAAGUCAAAGCUUGCCAAUAAUGCCAACCUGUCACUGGUUCACUGAAGGGUGAUUGAUCUUUUUUCUUUUGUUUCUUUUCUUUUUUUUUAAAGCUGCAAUCUGAUUUUAAUCAAGCACUGACCCUUGAUGCAUCACAGAUCAGAGCUGGUUACAGAGUCAGUUAUACUUUGUCAUCUCAGAUGUUAGAUGUGCAUUGAUUCCCUCACCCCUUGAACUGAUUUUGUACUGUGUGCUCAUAUUUGUUGAUAAUCAGUCUGGCUCUAUAUGUUUACAACAUGGUGUUCUCAGUGGGGUGUUUUAAGCAGAGGAUGAGAAGGAGUUGGUUGAUGCUGAUGAAAUAUCUUUCUCUUUUGUUUUCUUUUUCUUUUGUUCCUUCUUGUGAGUGUAACUCCACAUCGAAAUGGAGCAUUCAGGGUUGAUCUACAAAUGGAAAUUGUCUUUGUUUGAUUAACGGCACAGUUUCGAUUGUACAGAAUAAUAGGUCAAGUGUGGUCUCUGCAAAUCUGAUUAGCGCAUGUGUGAUUUACUUUCUCCAUUUUGUUUUUCUUGCUUACUCAAAGGCCCUUAUUGUCUGCUGUCUAAUAGAAGGAUGAGGAUUGCUAAAGGUGGUAACCUGUAACAUAUUUCCACUUUGCUCGGGUUUGUCGUAUGUUUUAAAUGAAUGUCGUCCCAGGAUUAGGUUCUUUAAAGAAUCGGUCCAUCCGUGAUUAGUGUAAGGUCACGAUUCCGUUGUCCAAAAUCUUUUCCCGAAACGUUCACAAAGUCCGCUGUAUUUCCUUGACUGCUAGAUUUGAGUGGAUGGAGAUGGCUCUGUCCAGGAGUGGUAUGGUAUUCCAGAGGCAUGUCGAUGCUCCUGAGGUCGUUGGAUGGUUGUGGCAGGUGCUUUGUUGGGUGAUCUAACUGCAGAUCAGUGGGUGUGGGAAGAUGAGAAGGAACGCCUGGCGAAAAAAGCAGUUUUGCAUUUCUGUUGAGCUUCCAAGGUUUAGGGCUCUGUAGGACAUGAUAUUUUUAACUGGCUAUGAUGGCUGAUCGUUUCAGAACCAGUUUGGACCCGUACUCCCUUCUUUUUGUAACGUAAAAGAUAUCCUCAUGCGGAAUGUAUCAAUGACCAUUAAUGAAAAAAGUGCUCAUCAUUGUGUUACCACAGCAUUCAAAUGGUUGACACUAGCCUAUGUCUGAUGUUCUUAUGACGUGCCAGCUGCCUACAGUCCAUAGCUUACCAUGUUGAAUGUUGGUGAGAGUUGUGAGAUCUCAAACAACCAGCGGGCCAAUGUGUUCUCCUAAGGUGUUACGUUUUAGGCUUUAGAGCAGUGAACUUUACCAGCUGUAAUGAGAAAAUGUAGUCACUUGUUUCUUUAUCAGCCCUUCCCCCCCCCCCCCCCUUAUCACGUAGAGAGUGGUGUGGGAGUGUGACAUUGAGACCAGUAAGAGUAUGACCUUAACCAGCAAACAUGCUUUCGGAACACUGACCUGUAGCCACCACAAAUUUAUUCUCUCUUUUUUUUUUGUGAUGUGAGGAUGGAAUUGGUGCUGUUUCAUCUUGGAAAAUCUAGUCUGUUUUGGAAACCAGUAUUGCAGUUGGAUUUUGUGUUAAGUAUUGCAUUAUUAUUAUUAUUAAUAUUAUUACUAUUACUAUUAUUUUUUUUUCUUUUGAUUAUUUAUUUUAAUUCUACUGUGCGAAGCUUCACCCCCUCCCCUCCCCAUGCACGCUCAAUCCUCAUAGGCCCGUUUCCCCAACUGUUGAGAGAAAUGGCACUGGGUGAGAGCCACACAUCUAAUAUUUGUAUCUUGAUUGAGAUUUCAGAUGAGAAUACUUGAUGCAUUGACUAGGGGUUUUAGUAAUGCAGUACAGGAGUAACGAAUCACUGGGGCUUUGUUUGUCUGUUUGUUUUUCCAUUAAUGAAUAUGAGCAGCUAGUGGUUUAGUGUAAUAAAAUAAAAUGCACUAACUUGUUUAAAAAAAAAAAAAAAAAAUCUUACUGUCAUGUAAUGUGAAAUCAUUUUAGAAGCAUAAUGAUGUUGAUGUUGACAGGCUUGCAAAAAUCUACAGGAAUAGCAUUUUCUCCUUAAUGUUGGGUUAUUUCUGUUUUCUUGAUUUAGGGGUGGGGUGGCAAAGGGAAGAAUAUAUAGCAACGGAUUGAAGUGUUUGAGACACUAAAUUCUAGCUGUCUGAAUAAAAUGUCACAAAAAGAAAAUAAAUUAUUUUGUUUUGGCCUUAGA